AUGUGGUACAGAGAUCAUGAAAUUGGCUACUUCAUGGAACAAGCUACCCAGCCGCAAACGCUUGGCUACGGUCUUACCGACUCGCCCGCCGGACUGCUGGCUUGGAUCUACGAAAAACUUGUCUCAUGGACUGAUAGCUAUCCUUGGGAAGACGAUGAAGUUCUCACAUGGGUUUCCAUCUACUGGUUUUCACGGGCUGGCCCUGCUGCCUCCCUUCGUAUCUACUACGAAGUCAACAAGGCAUACCCGACUCUGUCUACCAAGGCAGAGCUCACGGAGAUUCCUAUGGGCCACUCGUACUUCCCCAAGGAACUGAUUGUCCUUCCUAGAAGGUGGUUGAAGGCAUCAAAUCUCGUGUUUGAAUCAAGUCAUGAAACCGGAGGUCAUUUCGCCGCCCAUGAGAAACCGCAGGAACUCGUCGAUGACCUCCGGAAAAUGUUUGGAAAAGGUGGACCGACCUUCGGCGUGGUGUCUGGAAAGACUGGCUAUGCGUGA